CGGAAGCGCUAGGUCCGGCCCGGAACUAGUGCUGACUGGGUACACGUGAGCGGCGGCAUGGCGGCGCACCGUUCUGGCCCGCUGAAGCAGCAGAAUAAAGCUCAUAAAGGCGGGCGCCAUCGGGGUCGGGGAUCCGCGCAGCGGGACGGCAAGGGUCGUCUAGCACUGAAAAUCCUAAGCAAGAAGGUGAGAAAAGAGCUCAGCAGAGUAGACCAGAGGCAUCGCGCCAACCAACUCCGAAAGCAGAAGAAGGAGGCGGUUCUGGCAGAGAAGAGACAGCUGGGCAGCAAGGAUGGUCCUCUUCAUCAGGUACUGGUGGUGCCCCUGCAUGAGAGGAUUUCCCUGCCAGAGGCCUAUCGGUUGCUUCAGGAUAAGGACACCGGAACAGUACACGUGAACGAAUGGGGAAGUACCCAUAGCUUUAUGCUGUUAUGCCCCCGCUUGAAACAUCGAUGGUUUUUCACAUCUGCAAGGCCAGGGGAUCUGCACACUGUGUUAGACAUGGCCAAAGUCGCGGAUACCAUCAUUUUCCUCCUUGACCCACUAGAAGGCUGGGACAGCACUGGGGAUUACUGCCUUUCCUGCCUCUUUGCUCAGGGCCUUCCCACCUAUACACUAGCUGUCCAGGGUGUUUCUGGUCUCCCACCAAGGAAACAAAUAGAUGCCAGAAAGAAGCUAAGUAAAGCAGUAGAGAAGCGUUUUCCUGAUGACAGACUUUUCCUGUUAGACACUCAACAGGAGGCAGAGGUGCUGCUCAGGCAGUUGGCUAACCAAAAGCAACGGCAUCUUGCCUUUCGAGAUCGACGGGCCUACCUGUUUGCUCAUGCGGCUGACUUUGUGCCGAGUGAAGAAAAUAACUUGGUGGGCACCUUGAAAAUCUCAGGCUAUGUUCGUGGGCAGACUCUGAAUGUAAAUAGCUUGCUGCAUAUCGUUGGACAGGGUGAUUUCCAGAUGGAACAGAUAGAUGCCCCUAUGGACCCUUUCCCUUUAAAUCCCAGAGUGAUCAAAUCCCAAAAGGACCCAGGCAUGGCAAUGGAGAUUUGUGCUCCAGAUGCUGUAGCUGAUAUGGAGGAAGACCUUAAGGUCCUAAUGAAGGCAGACCCUGAUAAACAAGAAUCUUUGCAAACAGAGGUUAUCCCAGAUCCAAUGGAAGGGGAACAAACCUGGCCCACAGAGGAGGAGCUGAGUGAGGCUAAUGACUUCUUGAAGAAAAGUUCCAAGGUGGUAAAGAAGGUUCCCAAAGGGACAUCCAAUUACCAAGCUGAAUGGAUUUUGGAUGAGGAUGGUGAAAGUGGUGGGGAAGAUGAAUAUGAUGAUAUAGAACAUGGGGAUUUUAUUGAAGAGGAAUCUCAGGAUGAGGGCAGUGAAAAGGAAGAGGAGGAGGAAUAUGAAACUAUGACUAUGGGAGAGUCUGUGCAUGAUGAUCUGGAUGAUGAGAAUGUGGAUGAUGAGGCUGAGGAAAAAAUGUUGGAGAAAUAUAAACAAGAAAGACUGCAAGAGAUGUUUCCAGAUGAAGUAGAUACCCCCCGUGAUGUGGCUGCAAGAAUUCGAUUUCAGAAAUACAGAGGCCUCAAGAGCUUCCGGACAUCUCCAUGGGAUCCUAAGGAAAACCUUCCUCAAGAUUAUGCUCGGAUCUUUCAGUUUCAGAACUUUACUAAUACUAGGAAACGCAUUUUUAAAGAAAUUGAGGAAAAAGAUGUUGAAGGAGCUGAGGUUGGCUGGUAUGUCACACUUCAUGUCUCUAAAGUCCCUGUCUCAGUGUAUGAGUACUUUAAGCGAGGAGCACCCUUGAUUGCAUUUUCUUUACUACCUCAUGAACAGAAGAUGUCAGUACUGAAUAUGGUGGUGAGCCGGCACUCUGGCAACACUGAACCUGUGAAAGCCAAAGAGGAGCUGAUCUUCCACUGUGGGUUCAGGCGCUUCCGAGCCUCACCUUUAUUCUCUCAGCACACUGCAGCGGAUAAACAUAAGUUUCAGAGAUUCCUGACUGCUGAUGUGGCCCUGGUGGUGACAGUAUAUGGCCCAAUCACGUUUCCGCCUGCAUCUGUGCUGCUUUUCAAACAGAAUAGCAAUGGAAUGCACAGCCUCAUUGCCACAGGCUCUCUCCUGUCAGUGGAUCCGGACAGAAUGGUCAUCAAAAGAGCUGUUUUGAGUGGUCAUCCUUUCAAAAUUUUUACUAAGAUGGCAGUAGUGCGUUACAUGUUCUUCAGCAGAGAGGAUGUGUUGUGGUUUAAACCAGUGGAACUGAGAACAAAGUGGGGCCGCAGGGGACACAUCAAGGAGCCUUUGGGUACUCAUGGCCACAUGAAGUGCAGUUUUGAUGGGAAGCUAAAAUCUCAGGACACAGUACUGAUGAACCUCUAUAAACGAGUUUUCCCCAAAUGGAGUUAUGAUCCAUGUGUACCAGAACCAGUACCAUGGAUGAAAAGUGAGAUUUCUUUAGCAGUGCCUGAAGUGGACAUGGAGUAAUGGAUUCAUUGGGAUUCUGUCUCAUUGUUACUAGGAAACACUCUAGGGAUGGGAGCCUACAGGUUGUAAUUAGGCAAAGUUUGUGUUUUCUACUUUAGCCUAGAGGUCCACUGCCUUUUUGCAAAGGCUUUUCUUGGCCUUGACAAGGUGUCUCAGUAAACUAUGGAUGUUUUUCUCUUGCUACUUAGUUAAAAAAAAAAAGAGUAUUACUGAAACGUCCACUCUCCAUUAGGAAUUUGAAAGCUGUUUAAGAGAGGAAUAUAGGAAGUUAAAGUAACCAGGAAACAAAAUUUCCAAGUGUUUAGAGAUACUGAAUGCCAUCUCUUUUGCAUAAACUAAACAGAAACAGAUUGAUAAGGAGCUGGCCUUUCAGCCUGCUUCACCCAAGUUAGAGAGGUUAGGUCUACAUUUCCACCACUGAGCACAAUACAAAUGUUCUUUACUUCUGGGGAAACUGUUUGAAAAUGCUGAGACAGCACAGCAGCGACUCCAACACCAGCUGUAGGUUCAAUAAGCAGUUUCAUCCUCUCCCACACCAGCUGGGUUGCAUACUGUUGGUACGGAAGGGAGUAAGAAUUAGUGAAAU